GCCUGGAAGGUGCCUGUGUGUGUGUGUGUGUGUGUGUGUGUGUGUGUGUGCGUGUGUGUCUGUGUGUGCUCAUCAAACCCCUUUAUAAGGGUGGCCUGAGAUUCAAAACCAUCAGAAACCUCCACACCCAACACAGAUCCAGACCCAGCUUCCUUCAUCAGAAGAUCUGAGACUGACCACCUGACGCCCUUCUUUUCCUCGUCUCUUCACCUUCCGCUCCGCGAUGUGGAAAGCUGCAGUUCUGGCUACAUGUCUGUUACUGGCUGGAGUGAAGGCGAUGAAUGGGCCCACGUAUGGGGUCAAGCUGUGCGGCCGUGAGUUCAUCCGUGCGGUCAUCUUCACCUGUGGAGGCUCUCGCUGGAGACGCUCCAUCAUGAGCUCAGAUGAUCUUGCUCUAGACCCAUUCUCCACAGAAGACAGAGACGCCUCAGACGGCUGGCCUCUUCCCUCUGGUCCAGAGAUGCUCGUCCAGCAGCAGGAUGCCGAGGCCACCUCUUUGGGACUGUCCCGCAGCAGGCAGGAGGGCACAGUGUUCAACCGUCCUGCGCGCUCCAUCCUGUCUGAGGAGGUUCUGGAGGCCCUGCGUACAUCCAGCAGGAAGGGCCGGGACGUGGUGGUGGGACUGUCUAACGCCUGCUGCAAGUGGGGCUGCAGCAAGAGCGAGAUCAGCUCCUUGUGCUGAAAGUGCUUGUGUGUGUGUGUGUGUGUGUAAGGCUGUGCAUGUAAGGUUGUGUGUGUGUGCGUACGUGUCUGUGUGUCUUCCUGUUUUCACAGACAGUUUGAGAUUGCUGCUACUGUUAACUGUGUGAACUUUUUUUGCUUUAUAAUGACACGUGGGCUCAUGCCCUAAAUUGCCCUCUGUUUGGAUUUUAAUUUAAAUGUGUUCUUAUGGUCGCUACUGAGCACAAAAUGUAUUUCAUUGUUUUAUAAUAUGGUGAACUCUUGAAUAAAGACAUUGUUGAAUCAA